UAGUUUAGCUCUAUUUUGACUUUGUUUCCUCUCUUGUGUUGUGUAGGUUUUUAUGCUCACGCGCUCAAGUCGUUUACCCCUUGAGCCGAUUAAUUUAGAGAUAGAAGCCGCCAAUAGAAGAAGAGGAGGACGAAGGAGAAGAGCAAGAGCUCAACAUCAAGUUGAGCCAAUGGAAAAUCCACAUGGGAACAAUGAGGGAAUUCCCCCUCCACCUCCACCUCCAUUAAAUCAAGACCAAAUCAUUCUCCAACUACAACAAGAAAUGGCGGAGAUGAGAAGGGAAAGAGAGGAGGAAAGGAGGCGAGAGGCUCCGGUUAGAGAUGCAUUUGGGAACGUCAAUAUCCCACAUCCACCCUAUGAUACAAGGGUGAAUGCCAACAAUUUUGAGUUGAAGACAGGAUUGAUUCAAUUUGUGGAGCAACGUGUUUUCUCGGGAAGGCCCACGGAGGAUCCUAAUAGGCACUUAUCUAAAUUCUUAGAGAUUGCCAAUACAACUAAGCUUAAUGGGGUUCCCGACGAUACAAUCAAACUUAGGCUAUUUCCAUUCUCAUUGUCGGGAUAUGCUAGAGAUUGGUUUGAUAACCUUGAGCCGGGCUCGGUUACAAGUUGGGACGACUUAGCCCAAAAGUUUUUGGAUCGAUUCUUCCCUCUAAGCUCCACUCUCAACCUCCAAGCAGAGAUCUCCCACUUUAAAAUGAAGGGCCAAGAGUCUAUGUUCGAGGCUUGGGAGAGAUUCAACGCCUUGCUAAAGAAAUGCCCCAACCAUGGGUUAUCUCCGGGCCAUCAAGUGAGCCUCUUCUACAAUGGAUGCUCGGAGUUUAUCAAGAGUCAAUUAGACUUUGGUUCGGGGGGUUCAUUCUUGGACAAGGGGGUCGAGGAGUGCAAGAAGAUGCUUCAAAGGCUUGCCUAUACUAGCAAGGGUUGGAGCUCGGGCCGAGAUAGUUCAAUGCCGGUGGCUUCGGUUGUGGAUUCGGAUGCAUUCAAUCUUCUCAACCAACAAAUGAUGUUGUUGAAUCAAAAGGUGGAUGGCCUUAGUUUGGGAGUGGCACCUAUGGGAGAGCCUUUACAUACCGUGGAAGAUGUCAAUUAUGUGCAUCAAGGAGGGAAUCAAAGGAACUUCUACAACUAUCGCCCUAACAAUGGGGGUGGUAAUUACCAAGGCUAUCGCUCACCCUUCAAUGCACAUCCAAACCUUUCUUAUGGCAAUCCAAACAAUGCUAUCCAACCACCUCCACCACCUCGUUUCCCUACACCUAGUGGGUCGACAAGUGGGGCCGCUAAUGUGCCCACCAAUUCUAAACCUUCAAGUGAUGAUGUCACCCAUGAGCUUCUAAAAGCUCUAAUGGAGAAGACCGAUGGAAUCAUGACACAAUCUACUAAGAGAAUUGAUAAGGUUGAGACGGCGGUAGUGGAGGUCACCACGAGAAUGGGGGCUUUGGAGCAUCAAAUGAGUCAAAUUGCCCAAGCCGUGGGCCAACUUCAUCAACCGGGGCAAUUCCCAAGCAACACCAUUCCUAACCCAAAGGAUUGCAAGGCUAUCAAUUUGAGGAGUGGAACAAGCUAUAAGAGCCCCCCUAUGCCCGAAAAGGAAGCUAUUGUGCAACCCGAAGAAGAAGAGACAAUAGAAGUGGAGGCAUCAACGAAGAGCCCACCAAAAGAUCAAGCCGAGACAAUAGUUCCUCCUAAGCCCACGGAAGUUAAACUUCCUUUCCCUCAAAUGAUGCAAAAGAAAAAGAAGGAUGAACAAUUUUCAAGAUUUUUGGAUAUCUUUAGGAAAGUUCAAAUUAACAUCCCUCUUGUUGAAGCACUUCAACAAAUGCCAAGUUAUGCAAAGUUCCUCAAGGAUGUGGUAUCACAAAAAAGGAAAUGGGGGCACUAUGAGACGGUCAACUUGACGGAGAGUUGCAGUGCAAUUAUUCAAAGGAAGUUGCCGGCCAAAAUGCAAGAUCCGGGAAGCUUCAUUAUUGAGUGCACUAUUGGAAAUUGCUUUGUGGGGAAUGCCUUGUGCGAUCUAGGGGCUAGCAUUAAUCUUAUGCCAUUGUCCUUCUUCAACAAGUUGAAUAUUGGUAAAUUGAGAUCGACUAGCAUUACUUUGCAAAUGGCGGAUAGAUCGGUGGCAUAUCCCUCGGGCAUAGCAGAAGAUAUAUUGGUGAGGGUGAAUGAGUUCAUAUUCCCCGUUGACUUCGUGGUGUUGGACAUGGAAGAGGAUAGAAUUGUACCUCUUAUUUUGGGAAGACCGUUCCUUGCCACCGGGAAGGCCAUGAUCGAUGUUUCAAAAGGGGAACUUACACUUCGCCUCAAUGAUGAGAGCGUGACAUUUUCGAUAUAUGAGGCCUUAAAGAGGCAUGAUGCGGAACCGGGAGGAAGCCUACAACAUUGCAAUGUUGUGACCGUGAUGGAUGAGUGUGUUGGAGGAGUGGCACCGACCUCUUACUUGGAUGAUCAAUUAGAGAGAUGCAUUUCUCAUUCCAUGUAUUCUUCUCAUUCUUUUGAUGUUUUGGAUGCUAACCCCGAGUUGUUGGAAUUUGUAGGUGCUUUGGACUCGGCUAAAGAAAUCCCUAGAUCACUUCGUCCACAAUUUCUACCUCUUAGGAGUGGAAGUGAAGAUAGCAAUAAAGAUGGGGAAAACAAGAAGCUUGAGUUGAAGCCACUUCCACUACACUUGCGAUAUGCCUUUCUUGGAGGGAAUGACACUUUUCCGGCAUUUGAGAAGCUCAAGGCGGCAUUGGUGAGCGCCCCAAUCUUGAUUUCCCCCGAUUGGUCUCAACCUUUUGAGAUCAUGUGUGAUGUAAGUGAUGUGGCGGUAGGCUCAGCUUUGGGACAAAAGAGAGACAAGAUAUUCCGGGUGAUAUAUUAUGCUAGUAGGACAUUAGAUUUGGCUCAAGCUAACUACAACACUACAAAGAAGGAAAUGCUUGCGGUGGUCUACUCUUUUGACAAGUUCCGCCCUUACCUUAUUGGGGCCAAGACUAUUGUCUUUACCGAUCAUACUGCCAUCCGUCAUCUCUUUGUUAAGCAAGAUGCAAAACCAAGGCUUAUAAGGUGGAUCUUGCUCCUUCAAGAAUUUGAUUUGGAGAUCCGAGAUAGAAAAGGGUGUGAGAAUGUGGUGGCGGAUCAUCUCUCAAGAUUGGAGCAUGCUAGUGAAGAGGAAAAAUUGAAGUUGGUCAUCAAUGAAGAAUUCCCGGAUGAGCAUUUGUUUUAUGUGGCCAAGGGUCAAGUGGCAUGGUAUGCCAAUAUUGUGAACUAUCUUGUUGCUAAGGUGAUUCCCGAAGGACUUGAGGACUAUCAAAAGAAGAAGUUCUUCCACGACGUGAAGUUCUAUUUUUGGGACGAGCCUUGUCUUUUUAGAAGAUGUGCCGACAUGGUGAUUAGAAGAUGUGUCCCUCAAGAGGAGUGGGAGUCCGUUAUUAUGCAUUGCCACACCGCACCUAGUGGGGGGCAUUUUGGAGCUAACCGGACUGCUAUGAAAGUGCUCCAAAGUGGUCUAUUUUGGCCAACCAUCACCAAAGACUGCCAGGACUACGUGAGAAGAUGCAACGAGUGCCAGAGAAUGGGGGGUGUUUCUAAGAAGAAGGAGAUGCCAUUGACGACAAUUGUUGAAGUCGAGUUGUUUGAUGUGUGGGGCAUUGACUUCAUGGGGCCCUUUCCUCCAUCUAGUGGGUUCCAAUACAUUCUACUAGCCGUUGACUAUGUAUCAAGGUGGGUGGAAGCCAUUCCUACCCAAACUAAUGAUUCAAAGGUGGUGAUUAAAUUCGUUCAAAAGAACAUAUUCACGCGAUUCGGCGCACCUCGGGCUAUCAUAAGUGAUGGAGGGUCUCAUUUUCGCAAUAGGUGGCUAGAGGCGGUCUUAGCAAGGCAUGGAGUGAAGCAUCGGGUGACAACUCCUUAUCAUCCACAAGCUAAUGGUCAAACCGAGUUGGCCAAUAGAGAGAUCAAACAAAUAUUGCAAAAGAGUGUCAAUGCUAACCGUAGAGAUUGGGCUCUCAAGCUUGACGAUGCUCUAUGGGCGUAUAGGACGGCUUACAAGACGCCAAUCGGGAUGUCACCUUAUCAAUUGGUCUUUGGGAAAUCAUGCCAUCUCCCGGUUGAAUUGAAGCACUCAUCAUAUUGGGCGGUGAGGCAAAUGAACAUGGACUUCACCAAGGCCGGCAAGGAAAGGAAGCUUCACCUCAAUUUACUUGAUGAAUUUAGGAAUGAAGCUUAUGCUAAUUCCUCAAUCUACAAGGAGAGAAUGAAAACGUAUCACGACAAGAUGAUUGAGAGGCGUGAAUUCCACAAGGGGGAUGCCGUGUUGCUUUUCAACCACAAGUUGAGACUCUUUCCGGGCAAGCUAAAAUCUAAGUGGUCGGGACCCUUCACUAUCAAGGAGGUCAUGAGCAAUGGCACAAUGGAGCUCAAAGGACCCGAUGGAAGCACGUUCAAGGCAAAUGGUCAAAAUCUCAAGAGGUUCUUUACCAAGGAGCAACAAGACGAGGUCUUUGUGGUUGCCUUGAUUGAGUAGUGGAGCUUGCAAAGCGUCGGGCAAAUGACGUUAAACAAUUGCGCUAUGGGGGAGGCAACCCCUAGUAGGUAAAAUUUAUAGCUUUUGUGUUUUUGGUGUGUUUUUAUUUUGUUCUUGUUUUUGGUGUGUUUUGUGUGUUUUAAGUGGAACAGGAGAUAGGCUUUGAUGGGUGAAAAGCGGACAAAAACUGGAGAAAUGGCGAAAUGGCGAAAUGGACUUGGAAUCCAGAAAGUUCGCCCGACCGGGCGUUUUGCAAAGUGCAAAUCGCCCGACCGGGCGUUUACAGAAAUCAAGUUCGCCCGACCGGGCGUUUUGCAAAGUGCAAAUCGCCCGACCGGGCGUUUGAUGAAAUCGGGAUUGUCCAGAAAGUUCGCCCGACCGGGCGAUUUUAAAAGUGCAAAUCGCCCGACCGGGCGAUUUCUUCGCGCGAUUUAAAGACGCAAACCAGGUCAGUUUUUACACUUUCAAAACCCUACCCCCAUUUCUCUCUCGUUCCUCUCUACUCUCUCUCGCCCCUCCACCUUCAAAUCUUCCACUUACACUGAUUUCACACACAUACCAUCCUCCCAAUCCAUCUAAUUCAAGGGUUGAACCGAUUAAUCGGUUGAUUUACUCAAGAACAAGCAAAAAGGAGAGAAAUCCGUUUUCUAUCACUCUAAGCCCGAAAGGUAGUGAACGAUGGCGCCCAACCACUCUGGAGUUAAUUUGAAUGCCGAAGAGAAGAAGAAAUGGGCCGAACUCUCACAACUACCCUACCGGGUAGCUAGAUAUCCAUGCCCUAUCACAAUCCGACGGUUGGGCAUUGAGCAGUGCUUCAAUGAGCUAUGUGAAGAGGGGCAACUAAAUGGGCUCUUCAUGGCACAGAGGAACCCCUCCUAUCAGAGGCUUACACUGGAGUUCUUGUCUACCCUUGAGGUAAUCAUGAACAGGAGGGAGAUAGUUGCCAUCAAGUUUCGUAUGAGGAAUGCUGAGUACACAGUGACGAUGGCACAAUUCAAGGAGAUCUUUGGAUUUUCAGGGGAGGUGUAUAGAGAGCCGUUUAACUUCAGUCACAAUGCGAAUGACUUCUGGAAGGCCAUCACUACCGUUGAUGACAACUUCGCCGCCAACAGGGCAAAGGGUUCUCUCAUUAGGAACCCAGCCUUGCGCUUACUCCAGAAGGCGUGUGUAUGUUACCCCUUCGCUCGUCAUGAGCAUGGGAGUGUGCAGAGAGACGAGCUCUUCCUGUUAUGGACUAUUUUGCACAAGGAGGCUCCCUUGAAUUUGGGCCACUUCAUGAUCAAACAUCUUGAGAGGGCUUCGAAGAAGAAAACCGGCACACUCUGUGUCGGUGCAGUUGUGUCAGCUAUUGCACUCCAUCUGGGAGUGUCGACGAGGGGCUUGGUCGCCGACAUUGGUGACAACUUGAUGGACUUCGGCUUUCUGAGAAGAACAAGGCUGGUCGGAGUGGACCAACGAGGGCAGAUAUAUUUGAUACAGAGGGCAGCAGAUCAUUACCCCCUCCCGGACACCGUCAACACCUAUGUGAACGGUCCUUUCCACAAGGAAAACUGGAAGAUGAAGGCUGCGGUCCACGAACAAGUCACGGCGGUGAAUCCGCGGAACUUGCAAUUUAGGGAUGUGAGCCCGAGCUCGAGUGUUGAUGAAGCGCCCCACAUGGGCUUUCCCGAGAUCGAGAUGGGGGACGAGCAGAAUGAAGAAGAAAAUGAGGAGGAAGGUGAGGAUCAACCGACCUACCAAGGGGGAGAUGAAGCCGGGACAAGCACGCAGAGGACACGAAGCCGACAAGAGCGACAAGAGGAGGACUACGGCUCGAUCAAUGAGAGGUUGACACGGAUGGAGUUGCGUCAGCAGGAAUAUUGGGUCCAGAAUGAAGCGCGAUGGGACCAGUUCGAAACCAACUGGACCCAAUUCACUGAUUUCAACAAUGCACAAUGGGCCAACAUCAAUGCCCGAUUCGAUGAAUUCCGUGGCCAGUGGCAGCAUCCGCCUCCUCCUCCGCAGUGAAGGUCCAUGGGAGAUCCACUCUCUUUCAAACUUAUCCUAGCUUUGCUUGGAAUAAGUUUGGGGGGUGUCUAGUGGAUUCCCUCUUUUACCUCUCUCCCUCUUUAUUUGAUGAUGAUACCCCGGCCUGUACCCCUAUUCUUUUGAUGAUAUUUGAUGAUGAUAUGUGGGCAUGUAAACUUAUGUGGUUUUGUUUCCUUGUUCCA